AUGCUCGGGACAGCCAACACCACUGUGAUGCAGGGCUUCAACAAGUCUGAGUGGUGCCCCAGAGACACUCGGAUGACACAGCUGGUGUUCCCAGCCCUCUAUACUGCGGUCUUCCUGACUGGCCUCCUGCUGAACACCUUGGCCCUCUGGGUGUUCAUUCACAUUCCCAGCAAUUCUACUUUCAUCGUCUACCUCAAAAACACUCUGGUGGCAGACUUGAUAAUGACCCUAAUGCUUCCUUUCAAAAUCCUUUCUGAUUCCCACCUUGGACCCUGGCAACUCAGAGUUUUUGUAUGUUAUUUCUCUUCUGUGAUCUUUUAUGAGACCAUGUAUAUAGGUAUCAUAAUGCUGGGCCUCAUCGCUUUUGACAGAUUCCUCAAGAUCAUCAGACCUUUUAGGCAAUGUUUUGCAAAAAAACCUGCUUUUGCAAAAUUAGUCUCAAUUUUCAUCUGGUUCCUGAUGUUCCUCAUCUCCCUGCCAAACAUGAUCUUGAACAACAAGGAGGCAACACCAUCAUCUGUGAAGAAGUGUGCAUCCUUGAAGAGUCCUCUGGGGCUGGUGUGGCAUCAAGUAGUCAGUCAUACAUGCCAGUUCAUCUUCUGGACUGUGUUUCUUCUGAUGCUUCUGUUUUAUGUGGUGAUUACCAAAAAAGUAUAUAAUUCCUAUAAAAAGUUUACAAGUAAGGACAGCCAACACAAAAGGGUGGAGAUGAAAGUAUUUAUUGUCAUAGCUGUGUUCUUUGUGUGCUUUGCUCCUCUACAUUUUGUCAGAAUUCCAUAUACAUACAGUCAAACCAAUAAGACUGACUGUAGACUAGAAAAUCAACUGUUCAUUGCUAAAGAAACAGCUCUCUUUUUGGCUACAACUAACAUUUGUAUGGACCCAUUAAUAUACAUACUCUUAUGUAAAAAGUUCACAGAAAGAGUACCAUGUAUAAGAGGGAGAAGGAUAGCAGCAUCAAGCCAAGAGCACCACAGUAGCCAUACAGACAACAUCAUACUAACCUGACAGUGUUCUCCCACAUAGUAAUUCCACCCAUAGCUUCGCUUCUAUUUAAGGAUGGGAAUUAAAAGGUCAUUUACUUGGAGACUUCAUUUAAGCAUUACAGGAAAAGGGGGGAGCAAACAUUUUCCUACAUUUUAUUAUCCUAGAAUAUGGAAAAGAUUAUAUACAUUUUAACCACACAGAUCUAUUUAUAAACAGAAUGAGUUAACAUGAAGAGAAUGUUUAAGAAAGCAAAUGGCCACUAGAUGUCAUCUUUUGAAGAGCAUUCACGUAAUAUGGAAAAGAUUAAUGAGUAAUAGGUAUGCCUAAAAAACCUCCCUUCUAGUGACCAUCCCAUUCUUUCACACACAUAAUUCCUAAAACAUUAUGGACACCUUUACAGCCUUCAGAAUGCUGAUACUUGUGGGCAUAAACCAAUAAACUUGCACAUCUAAUGCCUGUGGAGGAAGCCUAAGGCAGUAGCUGAAAGAGAUGCAGUUUGAGGAACCAAAGUGGGUCAAAAUGAUCCCAGGAAUCCCAAAAGAUUCGUUUUUCCCUACAAGUGCAAAGGGCCUCUGCUACAUCUCAGCGGUGCACCAGAAAAGGCACAUUCUAUAGGCAAAGCCAGUACAUAGCCAAGUGCAGUCUGGGACAGGGAAGGCGGUGGCACUCAGCAAAACCUUCCUGGGCAAUAGAGUCUGCACCCCAUAUGGAAAAUAAUUCCUUCUCCCACUGUUUGUCUACAUACAUUAGGGCCCUUGU